GACGAUACCGCGGUUAGAGUUCGUGGGGUACGCGAUAUAAGACGCGUGCGGUGUCCCGCGGCAACAGUUGACGAUCGCUAAGGGUCCUGUGUGUGUUGUGAUUGUUUUUACGAUGUCUUCCACAAAAUGGUUGUUCUGCGCGCUGGUGGUGGUAUGCGUGGCCGUACGACAAGCCACGGCAGCGCCAGCCCCGCAGCAGGAGGAUCCGCCUAUGCCUUAUGAAUACAAAUACGACGUAGAAGACCAAGAGAAAGCCCUCUUCUUCGGAGCGAACGAGGCCGGCGACGCGCAGGGCAAAGUCAAUGGCGGCUACAAAGUACUCCUACCUGACGGUCGUCUCAUGACGGUUGAAUAUACUGUGGAGGGAGACAGUGGAUUCGUGCCGAAGAUCAGCUUCGAGGAUAAUGCUAAUCCGUUUGGGAAAGGGAAAUAAGUUAAGGUAAUACUUGGAUUGGGAAAUUAGCCUGUUCCUGAUGGGAGAAGAGUUUGUGAUUAAUACGUAACAGCAACACUUUUAACUGGCGAUCGGUGUUUUCACAGAAAGGUUUAUAAAUUAUCAGUUGGGUCAAAAUGAUUUUCGUUGUCUUCUUUUUGUCCCCAAAAAAUGAGCUUUUUGUAUGAGAUAAAUUUUUGCUUAUUCGAUAGAAGACAUAAUCCCUUCACAUGGCGGACAUAAAAAGACAACUGAAAUAAUUUUGAGCCAGUUAACAAUGUGGAUGAGGUAUCCAUUUGAGGUGUCUUAUCACAGUUGAAUUUGGAAAGGAAGCGUAGAUCUAGGUUUGUACCUAGAGUUUGUACUCUAUUCUGUAGAGCACUUUUUCGUACAGUCAAAAGAUUUGAUUUGUGACCCAUUUCGUACCUUGUCAUACAGUGACAAACAACAUGAAAGUCGCUAGAGAGAGUUGUCACUGUGACAAGAUAGAAAAUGGGUCGCAAAUUAAAUCUUUUGACUGUACAAUAUGUAAACAAUAUACUGGUUAUCCGUUUAAAGGUGUCAAAUUAUCAUAUUAAAAUGCAAAAAGUAGAUUCUCUAGAUCUCAAGGUUUUUUUAACUUUUUUCUAAUCAGAACGCCAUACCAGCAAUUAGCCCGUAAAUUAAUUAGUAGUAUUUUUGUCACGUGAGCUCUACGGAUUGAGAUCGAGGUCGUGGCAAGGUUGAGGGGAAAUUCAGUGAAAUUGCUCGGAGCUUGUUUGGAAGUAUGCGAUAUGUUUACGCUUCUAGCGAGUUGCUAAUAUAAAAAAAAACUAGAUGCUUUGUGUUCUAAAACUAUGUCUUUGUCUAUCAGGAACAGGAAAACCAAACAUAAAUCCGUGUAUGAUCUUUAUAGAUAAAUUAUACUGCCAGUCUGCUCUGAAGAUUCCAUGAUUUACUUAUACAAGAUUUUUUAUAGCGUUUGAACCAAAAUCAAUGUCUUACAUAAAUUGCUAACCGAUUUUCUCAUGGACGUGAAUUUACGAUAAAGAUACUAAUAUUAAUUUCAAUUCAAUUCAAUUAAUUAUUUUCUAUUAAUUUGCUUUCUUUUUAAUUUUAUUUCAUUUUUAAAUUGAUUUCUGGUUGUGACUCAAGACGUAGUUGUGAUAAGUAAAUUGUGGGCAUUUACAUAACUAAUCAAUAUUCUUGACGGUAUAAUGACGAUGGUUCUAACGCUAAAAUAUGCAUUAAAAUUUCUCGUUUUUAAGUAACUUCAGUACUGUCUUUUAAUACUUUCAAUUUUUAUUAAGUCAUACUUAAGAACAGCAUUUAUGAAUCAACCUUUCAGAAAAACAAUUUUAAAUUUUUAUUUUGAGAAAAACGAGUCAAUGAGUCAAAUUUCAAUUUUUAUUUCUUUUGAGUUGUAUAAAAUUAUUGUUAUGUUUUUUAUAGAUUUUUUUCCUGACCAUUAUGUUCUGUAAUAUAUUCUUAUUUUGUUAAAACUGAAAAUUUUAUAUUUUUGUUUUAACUUUGUUUACUCGUAUCUGACUAACCACAUGCAUGUACAAAUUUUAAUUGGAAGAUUAGUGAUUGUAGAAAGUUACCAAUUCUGUGAUUCAAUUAAAUAUAGAUAAGGCCAUGAUUGCCAUUAGUUUUAAGAUAUUGUUAGCGUAUAAUUUUGUAUAUGACUAUUGUUUUAUCAUCGAACUAAGUAUGUAGAAUUUGUAUACAAAUAAAUAUUUACGAUGGCU